AAAAAUUAAAACGAAAGUUAGAAAAAAAUGAAAGGUUUAUUUCUGAAAAUUGAUGACAUUAGCAGGUUUUCAUAAUGGAGCAAGUGCAAGUUAUAUCUGCUGUUGUGUAUCCAAUAUCAAGGAAAAUUAACUGUUUUAAUCAUAGAUAUAUAUUUGAUCUCACAUAUUGUAAAAAUGGAAGAUUGUGCGUCUCUGUUGUAAAUACUACAGGCCUUGAUCCUUCACUCAAUUUUUCCAUUGAAUCUGUUGAAUAUUUAUCUCUUCAUGGCUCUUAUAUUUGUAUUACAAAACGUACUUCGGAAAUGUGUUUGAUUUAUUGGGGAGAUACAGCAUUGAAAUCAAAGAACCUUCCUUAUGGAAAUGCAGAUCAUUUUUGGCCAACAUCACCAGAAUUAUUACAUGGAUAUACACCAAAUGGUUUAGCAGUGUGUAAAUCUGGAGCGAUUUUGGUUUGUCUCUGGAACCAUCAAGUUCACGAACAAUCUCUGGGUAAUUUAAUUAAGCUAAAAAAUUUUGGAAUAAAAUUAUUCGAAAUAGAAACCGACAAAAAUCGUCCACUCUUUACAUGUCCGACCUACAUAACAGAAAACGGCAAUGAAGACAUAUGCGUUUCUGACGUGAAUGCAGUGGUCGUCACAGACGUCGGGGGAUUACUGAGAUUUAGAUACAAAGGUCUGUCAGAUGAUUCACAGUUUGACCCCUACGGUAUCUGUUGUGAUUCACAAAACAACAUCAUCAUAGCUGACAUGAUGAAAAACAGAAUUCACAUGAUUGACGAGAAUGGUGAAUUUCUUCACUACAUUCAGUACAAAGACAUGCACAAACCACGUGCUCUCUGCAUAGAUGAAGAGGACAACUUGUAUGUCGGAGAAUGGAUGUCUUAUGAAAUAAAAGUCCUUUCACGUCGAUGAUUUGAGUUCAACAAAUUUCAAGAGACUGGUUAAGGUUUUAUUGUAUAUCAAUUUCUUUUAGUUAAUGUUUUAAUAUAUAGAGGUAUUUAGAUUUUAUGUAUAUUUAAGGUAUUCCGUUUCCAACGGAAGACCUUCUUGUUUUCGUUCAGUUUCUUUUUCUCUAUUAUUAUUCUUCCAACCGAUUUUGUGCACACUAUUUCUCAGAAACGGUUGGUCCGAUUUGUAUCAAAAUUUCAGGUAUGUAAGAUAUUCAGUUGAUCUUGAUAGUUUUUUUUUAUGAUGUCACUUCCGGUCGUGAGAUGUGGACGAUAAUCUGAUAUUCAAAGGGUCGGCUUGUCCAGGG